AUGCGCCUCCUCCACACCUCAGCGCUCCGCUUCGCAGAGUUCAAUGACGGCGACACUCCCCCGUAUGCCGUGCUCUCUCACCGCUGGAAGGAUGGCGAGCUGUCCCACGACGAUUUCCUGCACGGCCGCCGCAAGGACAGCCAAGGCCACCACAAAGUCGUUGAAGCUUGCCGUUUAGCCAAGUCCAGGUCACGCGACUAUAUCUGGAUCGAUUCGAUAUGUAUCGACAAGAAAAGCAGCGCCGAGCUAAGCGAGGCUAUUAACGCUAUGUUUGCUUGGUACAAGGCUGCUGUGGAGUGUUAUGCGUAUCUUUCGGAUGUGGAUUGGACCAGCUCCAUGGAUUUGUUAGGCAAGUCGAGAUGGUUCACUCGCGGUUGGACGCUGCAAGAGUUGCUUGCGCCCAAGCAGGUUUUAUUUUACGAUUCCAACUGGCACUUCAUGGGAACAAAAAUUGGCCUGGCCCCGAUGCUUUCCACCGUCACCGGCAUCGACAUUGAGGUGUUGCGACACCCGGAACGAAUAUUUCAAGUCAACGUCGCUCAAAGAAUGAGCUGGGCGUCGCAACGACAGACGACAAGAAGUGAGGAUAUUGCGUACUGCUUACUUGGUAUUUUCGAUGUUCACAUGGCACUCUUGUAUGGCGAGGGUGGCAAGAAGGCUUUCUUCCGUCUCCAACUGGAGAUCAUCAAAAGCUCAAACGAUGAUUCCAUAUUCGCCUGG